AUGGUGGAUUACUAUGAAGUUCUAGGAGUGCACAGAGAUGCUUCACCUGAGGACAUUAAGAAGGCUUACCACAAAGAAGCCCUUAAAUGGCAUCCAGAUAAAAACCCGGAAAAUAAAGAGGAAGCAGAGAAAAAAUUCAAAGAAGUGGCGGAGGCCUAUGAGGUAUUAUCGGAUGCUGAAAAGCGGGACAUUUAUGAUAAAUUUGGCAAAGAAGGAUUAAAAGAUGAAGGCAGAGGGCAGUUUGACGGUGAAUGUGAGCACAGUUUUCUAUUUCGUAGGCCAGACGAUGUCUUCAAUGAAAUAUUUGGGCAAAGGGACCCGUUUUCAUUUAAUUUCUUUGAAGACUCACUAGAGGAACUCUUGCAGAACCCCAGAGGCUGCUGUGGGAGCAGGUGCCCGGGGGCCGGGUGCUUUGUCCCUGCCUGCAGUGAAUACCCAGCCUGGGAGACAUUUCCUUCCUAUGACCCAGGAUACACAUCAUUCGGGUCCCUGGGGCAGGAGGGCCUUUCUUCAUUCUCCUCGCUGGCCUUCGAGCAUGAUGGCAUGGGCAAUCACAUAUUCCUUUCAGGCAAAUUUGCCAAUGACAGAAACAUGGGUAUCUAUGCAAAAAUUGUUGAGAAUGAUCUAGAGGGAGAAGCUGAAGAUGAAGCGGAGUUGAAAUUCUUCCUUGCGGAUGGCGUGGUGGAUAUGGAAGGUUUUCAACAAGAAACCAGCUGGAGGAGCCCACCUUUCCACCACUGUUCACCCAACUCCUACAGCCCCACCCAUGCGUGUCAAUAUGCUUUUAUGGACAAUGACGUGCAAGGUAUACCUUGGGUCAGCAACCACUGGGAGCCCUCUAUUUUCUCCACGGGGUUCAAAGAAGGGGGUAAAAGGAAAAAGAAGAAGUACAAAGAGGUGCAGAAGAAGAAGUCCACCAAAAGGAAUCAUUAAAUUGACUCUUUAGACACAUUA